GAGUCCUUUUUACCUUGGCGAAUCGAAUCUCUGAUUCUGUAAUGUUUUGGAGGAGAAAUCACCCUGUUCAUUUUCCUAUUCAAAUUCAUGGCUUUCCUUCUCUUUCCUCCAAUCUCCUUAAAUCUCUCUCACUCUUCUUCCUCCACUCUUCUUCUUCUUCUUCUCUUUCCACCAUCUCCAUUAAACCCUCUUCUGUUAUUGCAACAAAUUCUCACACUGCAGCUGUAAGUCUCUCUCCUAUUACCUCUAUUUGCUCUUUGCUCACCAACCAUAAUCGCCAAACUGCAAAUAUUGACCAUUUGUUAAAAGGGUACGAGGAAAAACUCAGCUCAACUGUUGUUCUUCAGGUUUUGAUGAAUUAUAGGCAAUUGGGUAGGAUUAGAACCUUGGAAUUCUUUUCUUGGGCUGGAUUGCAAAUGGGUUUUCAGUUUGAUGAUUGUGUGAUUGAGUUCAUGGCUGAUUUCUUAGGAAGGAGGAAACUGUUUGAUGACAUGAAAUGCUUUCUCUUGACACUGGCCUCCCAUGGAGGCCACGUCUCAUGCCGUGCUUGUUCGAUUUGCAUUAGGUAUUUGGGUAGACAAGGGAGGGUUAAGGAUGCGCUUAGCUUGUUUGAAGAAAUGGGGUCGAGAUUCGGGUGCAAAAAACCUGAUAAUCAUGUGUACAAUAACAUGCUCUAUGUGCUUUGUAAGAGGAAUUCUUCUGAGGAGUGCUUGAUUGAUUUAGCACUUGAGGUUUUUCGGAGAAUCGAAAUCCCGGAUACAUAUUCAUAUAGCAACAUUAUUGUUGGGUUGUGUAAAUUCGAUAGAGUUGAUACUGCCCUUGAGGUUUUUGGUGAAAUGAGGAGCAGGGCUGGUUUGGUUCCAACCCGAACGGCGGUGAACGUUCUUGUUGGUAAGUUGUGUGAGUUCAGCGCAAAAGAAGGAGGGGUUGAGAAGGUUAGGGUGAAAGAAAGCACUAACCGCAGGCCUUCUACGAUUUUAGUCCCGAAUGUAGGUGUGAAGAAGAGUGGUGCUAUAGAGCCUGCGAUUCGAGUGUUUUGGGAAGCUCAUUAUAUCGGUUUGUUACCUAGCUCAUUUGUCAUAGUGCAGCUCCUGUUGGAGCUUUGUCGAGUGGGGAAAAUGGAUGACGCCGUCGAGGUAUUGAAAGUUGUUGAGAAUAUGAAACCAAGUUGUCUCGAUGAGAGUUACUCUAUCGUGAUGAAAGCCAUGUGCGAUCAUCGUCUUGUGGAGCAAGCAAGCCGUUUGUUUUGGAGGAUGCUUUCGCUAGGGAAGAAACCGAAGCUUUCGGUUUAUAAUUCUGUUAUCUCCAUGCUGUGCAAAAUUGGGGAUUUGGAUAGUGCUCAAAAGGUCUAUAAGAUCAUGAAUAAAAACAGAUGCGUGCCAAAUAGUUUGACAUAUUCUGCAUUGAUUCAUGCUUAUGUUGAAGCUAGAAAUUGGGAAGCUUCCUAUGACUUGUUGAUGGAAAUGUUGGGAUUUGGGUGGUCCCCACAUUUUCACACAUAUGAUAUGGUGGUGAAUCUCUUGUCACAAGCUGGGAAGAUGGAUUUGUUCUUUAAACUGGAAAGGAAGUUGGAGAGCCAGAGUUUGCAAAAGCUCUGUAAAAUGGGUCGGUUGGAGGAUGCUUAUGAGAAACUAAAAUCAAUGAUGGAUAGGGGUCUUCAUCCACCGGGGCACAUAAGGGACGGUUUUGAACACGCGUUUGAAAAGCGCGGCAAGCGGAAAAUAGCUCAGGAAUUGCUGGAGAGAAUGGAAAAAGUAGACUACUCUGAUGGGAAGAAGUGAGAACUGUCUAGUAAGUA